GUGCGGCCGAAGACGGUCAGCCAGUGAGCGCCGAGACUGGUUCCACUCGAGCGGGGGGGAGCGCCUGGCCCAGCCCUGCUCCUAGGGCCACGGAGCUUGCGGUCGCAUCCCCGUGUGAACCGACCUUUCCUUUCUGUCCCGACCCCCUGCCUGUCUUCCCCCAGCCUUCCCCGCAGACGCUAUGGAGGACGAAGAGAGACAGAAGAAGCUGGAGGCUGGCAAAGCCAAGCUUGCCCAGUUUCGACAAAGGAAAGCUCAAUCUGAUGGGCAGAAUCCUAAGAAGCAGAAGAAAAAGAGGAAAACUUCAAGUAGUAAACAUGACAUGUCAGCAUACCAUGCUGUGAAUAUUGAGCAGUCACAGAGUGAUGAGAUGUGCACAAAUAGUUCUCAGAGAUUAGGCUCAGCUGUGACUCCUGAAUCCACAAUAAUGAGAACUCUACACAGUGGAGAAAUAGUUAAACAUGACCAGGUCUUCUCUGUUGAACCGGAAAGUGAAAUUUCAACCACAGCAGAUGACUAUAGUUCAGAGGUAAAUGGUUGCAGUUUUGUGGCGAGAACAGGAAAGCCUACAAAUUUAUUAAGGGAAGAAGAAUUUGUUGUUGAUGAUUCUUAUUCUGAACAUGGAGCACAGUACAAUCAGACCCACCUAGAGAUGAUGGAAAAUGAAUUGGCUGGGAAACAACAUGAGAUUGAAGAGCUAAACAGAGAACUAGAAGAAAUGAGGGCCACCUGUGGGACUGAAGGACUGAAGCAGUUGCAAGAAUUUGAAGCUGCCAUUAAACAGAGAGAUGGCAUCAUAACCCAACUCACUGCUAAUUUACAACAAGCGAGAAGAGAAAAGGAUGAGACAAUGAGAGAAUUUUUAGAGUUGACAGAACAGAGUCAAAAAUUACAGAUUCAAUUCCAGCAUUUACAGGCUAGUGAAACUCUGAGAAACAGCACUCAUAGUAGCACAGCUGCAGAUUUACUACAAGCCAAACAACAGAUCCUCACUCAUCAGCAACAGCUGGAAGAACAGGACCAUCUGUUAGAAGAUUAUCACAAAAAGAAAGAAGACUUCAAAAUGCAAAUUAGUUUCUUGCAAGAGAAAAUUAGAGCAUAUGAAACGGAACAGGAUAAAAAAGUAGAAAGCUCAAAUAAAGAAAUACAGGAAAAGGAAGCAGUCAUUGAAGAAUUAAAUACAAAAAUAAUAGAAGAAGAAAAAAAAACUCUUGAGCUAAAGGAUAAAGUCACAACUGCUGAUAAAUUACUGGAAGAAUUACAAGAACAGGUUGUACAAAAGAACCAAGAGAUAAAAAAUAUGAAAUUAGAGCUGACUAAUUCCAAGCAAAAGGAAAGACAGUGUUCUGAGGAAAUAAAACAAUUAAUGGGGACAGUUGAAGAACUUCAGAAGAAAAAUCAUAAAGAUAGUCAAUUUGAAACUGAUAUUCUACAAAGAAUGGAACAAGAAACACAAAGAAAGUUAGAACAACUCCGGGCAGAGCUGGAUGAGAUGUAUGGGCAGCAGAUAGUACAGAUGAAACAAGAAUUAAUAAAACAACACAUGUCACAGAUAGAUGAACUUAAAACACAACAUAAGGGAGAAAUGGAGAAUGCUUUAAGAUCGUGUCCAAAUAUUACAGUUAAUGAAGAUCAAAUAAAGUUAAUGAAUAUGGCAAUAAAUGAACUGAAUAUAAAAUUGCAAGAUAAUAACUCUCAAAAGGAAAAACUCAAGGAAGAACUAGGAGUAAUUUCCGGAGAAAAGUCUGUUCUACAGAGACAGCUUGAAGACCUUUUUGAAGAAUUGAGCUUUUCAAGGGACCAAAUUCAGAGGGCUAGACAGACUAUAGCUGAACAAGAAAGUAAACUCAAUGAAGCACACAAGUCCCUUAGUACAGUGAAAGAUUUGAAAGCGGAGAUUAUUUCUGCAUCUGAAUCCAGGAAGGAACUAGAAUUAAAACAUGAAGCAGAAGUUACACAUUAUAAGAUAAAGCUUGAAAUGUUAGAAAGAGAAAAAAAUGCUGUAUUAGACAGAAUGGCUGAAUCACAAGAAGCUGAGUUAGAGAGGCUGAGGACACAGCUCCUGUUUAGUCAUGAAGAAGAACUUUCCAAACUGAAGGAAGAUUUGGAAAUUGAACAUCAAAUAAAUAUUGAAAAGCUUAAAGAUAACUUAGGCAUUCACUAUAAACAGCAGAUAGAUGGCUUACAGAAUGAAAUGAGUCAAAAGAUAGAAACCAUGCAGUUUGAAAAAGACAAUUUGAUAACUAAGCAGAACCAGUUAAUUUUGGAAAUUUCAAAGCUGAAAGAUUUACAGCAAUCCCUUGUGAAUUCAAAAUCAGAAGAAAUGACCCUUCAUAUCAAUGAACUUCAAAAAGAAAUUGAAAUACUCAGACAAGAAGAAAAGGAAAAGGGUACACUUGAACAAGAAGUUCAAGAAUUACAACUUAAAACUGAAUUAUUGGAGAAACAAAUGAAGGAAAAAGAGGAUGACCUUCAAGAAAAACUUGCACAACUUGAAGCAGAGAAUAGCAUUCUUAAAGAUGAAAAGAAGGCCCUUGAAGACAUGUGGCAAAUAUAUACUCCUGUUAACCAAGAAGAAAGAUUAAUUUUCAUAGACUCUAUUAAGUACAGAUCCAAAGACUGUAGCUGGCAAAAAGAAAUAGAAAUACGUACAGAGGAAAAUGAGAACCUCAAAAAACAAUGUAUUCAGCUAACUGAAGAGAUUGAAAAGCAAAGGAACACUUUUUCAUUUGCUGAAAAAAAUUUUGAAGUUAAUUAUCAAGAGUUACAGGAGGAUUAUGCUUGCCUUCUCAAGGUAAAAACUGAUUUAGAAGACAGUAAAAAUAAACAAGAAGUUGAAUAUAAAAGUAAACUUAAAGCACUUAGUGAAGAGCUUCAUCAUUUGCAAAGAAUAAACCCAACUAUAGUGAAAAUAAAAAGUUCAGUCUUUGAUGAUGACAAAACUUUUACAGCAGAACCAUUGGAAAUUGGUGAGGUUGUUGAGAAAGAUACAACAGAACUUAUGGAAAAGCUUGAGGUAACCAAGCGAGAAAAAUUAGAACUGUCAGAGAGACUGUCUGAUCUUUCUGAACAAUUAAAACAGAAACAUAGCGAGAUUAGUUUUCUAAGGGAAGAAGUUAAAUCUUUAAAGCAAGAAAAAGAGCAAGUUUUAUUGAGAUGUAGAGAGCUAGAAAUCAUAAUUAACCAUAAUAUGACAGAAGAUGUAAAUGUAUGUGCUGUCCAUUUAAGCUCUUUAAAAGACGGAGUUUUGACAAGCAGGGAUUCUGGAGGGUGUGUUCCUAAAAUAAGUAAAGACUUUGGUGAAGAAUCAAAAAUAAUGGAGUUAAAUGAAAUUCCUAUUGAAAAUAUGACUCUUGGAAAAGAAAACAAGCAAGAAUGGUUUUUUGAUCACUUGCCGUCAGUGACAAAUGAAUCAUCACUUGGGACAACUGAACCAGGUGAAAAUGAUAAACUUCAGCAGGAGCUCAGUGUACUUAAAUCAGAACAGAAUGAUUUAAGGCUACAGAUGGAAGCUCAACGUAUUUGCCUCUCUCUGGUUUAUUCAACUCAUGUGGAUCAGGUUCGUGAAUAUAUGAAAAAGGAAAAAGAUAAAGCUCUUUGCAGUCUUAAGCAGGAGCUUAUUUCUGCUCAAGAGGAUAAGAUCAAGGAACUUCAGAAAAUACACCAGCUAGAGCUACAGAAUAUAAAAACACAAGAAACAGGUGAUGAAGUGAAGCCUUUACAAAUGCUCAUUGGAAAACUUCACAGGGCAGUGUCUGAAGAAUGUUCUCAUUUUACACAGACUUUUUGCAGUGUCCUUGGUGAACAUUAUACUUCUGCUUUAAAAUGUGAAGUAAAUGUAGAAGAGAAAGAGAAAGAGACUUCCGGUGUUCACACUUCUGUAAAUCAAGAACUAGAAUUGCAAGAUUAUAAAUAUGAAGUUCAAGAUUUUCAGGAAAAUGUGCAAACUCUUCUCAACAAAGUAACAGAAGAAUACAACAAACUCUUGGUACUUCAGUCACGAUUAAGUAAGAUUCAAAGACAGCAGACAGGUGAUGUGAAACUUGAAUUUGCAGAAGAAAACCUACCAAAAGAGGAAACAGACUUUUUGUCAACCCAUCCUCAGAUGACAGAUUUUCAAGACACUGAUGUUUGUCAUAAAAGAAAGUUAUCUGCUCUGCAAGAUACUGAAAAAAUUAAACAACUUGAAGGACAAGUUCAAGAAUUAGAAAACCUCGUAUCCUCUUUGCAGCAGCAACUGAAAGAAACUGAAGAAAACUAUGGGGCAGAGAUUCAUUCUUUGCAGGAAAGGCUACAAGCUGUUAAUGAGUUUACAGUUCAGCCAAGCUUUUCCAUUGAUUCAAUGGUAAUUACUGAAUCUGAUGUACAGAAAACAGUAUAUCCUGGAAGUUGUCUAAAACAGAACAUCGAUGGUGCAACAGAGUUUUCUGGUGAAUUUGGAGUGAAACAGGAAACAAAUAUGGUUAAGUUGCUGGAAAAACAGUACCAAGAACGAUUAGAAGAAGAAGUAGCUAAGGUCAUUGUGUCAAUGAGUAUAGCAUUUGCUCAGCAAAGUGAACUAUCUAGAAUAUCUGGGGAAAAAGAAGAUGCUCCAUCUUCAAAACAAGCAUCUGUUUUCUGUCAGGAAGAACAUUAUUUAAAUGAAAUGAAAUUAUCACAAGGUCACUUUGGUUUUCAGACUUUUGAGGCAACAGACAAGAAAUUUAAAGAAGAAUUUAAACCACUUAGUAAAGAGUUAGGAGAAGAUGGAAAGGAAGUUCUGUUAUCAAACAAGGGUAAUCUUGAUGAUAUACUAGAAUCAAAGGACCGUGAACUGACUAUUUCAGAAGAAAUGUUCUCCAAAGAUAAAACAUUUAUGGUCAGAGAAUCUCUCGAUGAUGAGAUUUUGGUAUCAAGUAUAGAUGCUUCUAGACAACUAAUGUUAAAUGAAGAACAGUUAGAAGAUAUGAGGCAGGAACUUGUACGACAAUACCAAGAACAUCAACAGGCAACGGAACUUUUAAGGCAGGCACACAUGCGGCAGAUGGAGAGACAGCGAGAAGACCAGGAACAGCUGCAAGAAGAGAUCAAGAGGCUGAAUAAACAAUUAGCCCAGAGAUCCUCAAUAGAUAAUGAAAACCUGGUUUCAGAGAGAGAGAGGGUGCUUUUAGAGGAGCUGGAAGCACUAAAGCAGCUGUCUCUAGCUGGAAGAGAGAAGCUGUGUUGUGAGCUGCGCAACAGCAGUACGCAAACACAGAAUGCAAAUGAAAACCAAGGAGAAAUUGAGGAGCAGACCUUUAAAGAAAAGGAAUUGGACAGAAAACCUGAAGAGGUGCCUCCUGAAAUUCUGUCCACUGAAAGCUUGCAUGGAGGAAUUUGGCCCCUAAGAUUUUGGCUUCCCCAUUGGAUCAUCAGUAUGGAACACAGUCAGUAUGGAACUCAAACAAGAAAGACAGUGUAUACACUCCAGAAAGCUAAUAGCAGACUUCUGAAGAUCCUCUUAGAAGUUGUAAAGACAACAGCAGCUGUUGAAGAAACAAUUGGUCGCCAUGUCCUUGGUAUUCUAGAUAGAUCUAGUAAAGGCCAGUCAUUGACCAGCCUGAUUUGGAGGUCAGAAGCAGAGUCACCAAUAAAGUCGUGUGUCCAUGAGGAACACACAGGAGAUGAAUCUAAACCCUCUUAUUCUGGAAGUGAUAUACCAAGGAGUGACAGUAGCAUGUGGUCCAAAGUAACUGAGGAAGGAACGGAGCUGUCACAGCAGCUCAUGAGAAGUGGCUUUACUGGAAAUGAAAUAGACCCUGAAAAUGAAGAACUUAUGCUGAACAUUAGCUCUCGACUACAAGCGGCAGUUGAAAAACUCCUAGAAGCCAUAAGUGAAACUAGUAGUCAGCUGGAACAUGCGAAAGUUACACAGACAGAAUUGAUGCGUGAGUCAUUUAGACAGAAACAAGAAGUGACAGAGUCCCUUAAGUGCCAAGAAGAACUGCGAGAGCGCCUUCAUGAGGAGUGCAGGGCCAGAGAACAGCUGGCUGUGGAGCUCAGUAAGGCUGAGGGUGUCAUUGAUGGCUAUGCAGAUGAAAAAACGCUUUUUGAAAGGCAAAUUCAGGAAAAAAUUGAUAUAAUAGAUCGUCUUGAGCAGGAGUUGUUAUGUGCAGGUAAUAGAUUACAAGAAUUAGAAGCAGAGCAACAACAGAUCCAAGAAGAAAGAGAAUUACUGUCGAGGCAGAAGGAAGCUAUGAAAGCUGAGGCAGGCCCAGUUGAACAGCAAUUACUACAGGAGACAGAAAAACUGAUGAAGGAAAAACUAGAGGUACAGUGUCAAGCUGAAAAAGUACGCGAUGACCUUCAAAAACAAGUGAAAGCUCUAGAAAUAGAUGUUGAGGAACAAGUCAGUAGAUUUAUAGAGCUGGAACAGGAAAAAAAUGCCGAACUAAUGGAUUUAAGACAGCAAAACCAAGCACUGGAAAAGCAGUUAGAAAAAAUGAGAAAAUUUUUAGAUGAGCAAGCCAUUGAUAGAGAACACGAGAGAGAUGUAUUCCAACAGGAAAUACAGAAACUAGAACAGCAACUUAAGGUCGUACCUCGAUUCCAGCCUAUCAGUGAACAUCAAACUAGAGAGGUUGAACAGUUAACAAAUCAUCUGAAAGAAAAAACGGACAAGUGCAGUGAGCUUUUGCUCUCUAAAGAGCAGCUUCAGAGGGAUAUACAGGAGCGUAAUGAAGAAAUUGAGAAACUGGAGUUCAGAGUAAGGGAAUUGGAGCAAGCCUUACUCAUGAGUACGGACAGUUUUCAAAAGGUAGAGGACCGAAGACAGUUUGGAUCUGUAGAAGCUAAAGCGGAAUUGUCUCUAGAAAUACAGUUGCAGGCUGAGCGAGAUGCCAUAGACAGAAAGGAAAAAGAGAUCACAAACUUAGAAGAACAGUUAGAACAGUUCAGAGAAGAACUGGAAAAUAAGAAUGAAGAAGUCCAGCAACUACAUAUGCAAUUAGAAAUACAGAAAAAGGAAUCUACUACCCGCCUACAAGAACUUGAACAAGAAAACAAAUUAUUUAAGGAUGAAAUGGAGAAACUGGGAUUUGCCAUAAAGCAAGCUGAUCCUAUCUCUACCCAGGACCAACAUGUACUAUUUGGGAAAUUUGCUCAAAUAAUGCAGGAAAAAGAGGUAGAAAUUGACCAAUUGAAUGAGCAAAUUACGAAACUUCAGCAUCAACUUAAAAUUACAACAGAUAACAAGGUUAUUGAAGAAAAAAAUGAACUAAUAAGGGAUCUUGAAACCCAGAUAGAAUGUUUGAUGAGUGAUCAAGAACGUGUGAAGAAAAAUAGAGAAGAAGAAAUUGAGCAGCUCAAUGAAGUGAUUGAAAAGCUUCAACAGGAAUUGGCAAAUAUUGAACAGAAGACAUCGGUGGUUACUAAUUCUCUCCCAGAAGAAGCAGAUAGUUUAAAACAUCAGUUGGAUAUAGUAAUAGCUGAAAAACUGGCUUUGGAAAAGCAAGUAGAAACCACUAAUGAAGAAAUGGCCUUGACAAAAAGUGUACUUAAAGAAACCAAUUUAAAAAUGAACCAGCUAACACAAGAAUUAUGUAGCUUAAAGAGAGAACGUGAAAAUAUGGAAGAAAUCCAUAGUAUACCAGAGAAAAGUGUUAACAUGGCUGUAGAUGAUCUGAGCAGAAACAAACCUGGACUAGAAGUAGUCCUUACUGAGGGUGCUCGUAAACCCCUAGAAAAUCCGACUUACCUCAGAUCUUUUGAAGAAAACAGCAGAGUUUCCAUAAGCAGUUUGCAAACACAGGUGCUACAACUUGAGAGCACUGUGAGUGCAAAGGACUUAGAACUUACCCAAUGUCAUAAACAAAUAAAGGACCUGCAGGAGCAAGGCCAGUCUGAAAAAGAAGCACUGAAAAAGAAGAUGGCAAACCUGCAAAAUAUACUUGAGGAAAAGGUGGCUGCUGCUCUUGUGAGUCAGGUCCAACUCGAAGCAGUUAAAGAAUAUGCAAAAUUCUGUCAAGAUAAACAAGCAGUUUCACCAGAACCUGGAGGAACAAAUACACAGAAUUUAAACCAACUAACGGAAAAUGAGGUGGAGUCAAAUGUGUCAGCACUGACCUUGAGAAUAUCAGAGUUAGAAAGCCAGGUGGUUGAAAUGCAGGUAGAAACUGCAGAAAAAAAUGCUUUGGAAAAAGAAAAGACGCUACUAGAGCUACAGAAGCUAUUGGAGGACAAUGAGAAAAAAAAGGGAAGCAAAGAAAGGAAAAGAAGCCCUCUAGGAGAUUUUGAAGUUCUCAAGACAACUACUGAGCUGAUUCAUACCAGUGAAGAAAAUGAAUUUUUUGGUCGAUUUGAGACUCUUACAGCUGAGUCAGCAGCUACCAAAGAGGAACUUGCCAGUUAUAAAGAGAAGGCAGAAGAACUUCAAGAAGAGCUUUUGGUAAAAGAAACAAAUAUGGCAUUCCUCCAGAAAGACUUAAGCCAAGUUAGGGAUCAACUCAAAAAGGCAGAAGAGAAAUUAUCCUACUUCUUAGAAAAAGAAGAUAAUACCAAGGUACAAGAAAACAGAAAGUUCUGCACGUUAGAGCCACUUCCUAUAGAAGUGGGUAAAAGCUCUGCAUCACAGACAGAUGGUACUCUCAAGGUCAACAGCAGCAAUCAGACUCCACAAAUUCUUGUUAGAAAUGCAGGAAUCCAAAUUGAUUUACGGAGUGAAUGUUCAUCAGAGGAAGUCACUGAAGUAAUUAAUCAGUUUACUGAAAAAAUUGAGCAGAUGCAAGAACUACAUGCUGCUGAGAUUCUGGAUAUGGAAUCCAGACAUAUUUCAGAAACUGAAACCUUAAAGAGAGAUCACUAUGUUGCUAUUCAGUUACUGACAGAGGAAUGUGGUACCUUGAAGUCAGUGAUACAGUGUCUGAGAUCUAAAGAGGGCUCCUCAGUUCCUGAAUUAACACAUUCCGAUGCUUACCAAAGUAGAGAAAUAUGUUCCAGUGAUUCUGGAUCAGACUGGGGUCAGGGAAUUUAUCUUACACAAAGUCAGGGAUUUGACACAGCAUCAGAAGGCCGAGGCGAAGAAGGUGAAAGUUCAACAGAUUCAUUUCCAAAGAAAAUAAAGGGAUUACUGAGAGCUGUCCAUAAUGAAGGCAUGCAGGUGCUCUCUCUUACUGAGUCUCCCUGUAGUGACGGAGAAGACCAUUCUGUUCAGCAAGCUUCAGAAUCUUGGCUAGAAGAGAGAAGAGCUUACCUCAGUACAAUCUCAUCUCUUAAGGAUUUGAUUACCAAAAUGCAAAUGCAAAGGGAAGCCAAGGUUUAUGAUAGUUCUCAAUCUCAUGAGAGCUCCUCUGACUGGCGAGGUGAACUUCUGCUUGCUCUUCAGCAGGUUUUCUUAAAGGAGCACGGUGUUUUACUAGCUGCAUUUCAGACUGAGCUGACAGCUCUAGGUACUAGAGAUGCAGUUGAAUUAUUAAACUGUUUGGAACAGAGAAUACAAGAACAGUUCCCGGACCAGGGAUCAAACCCACACCCCCUGCAGUGGAAGCAUGGAGUCUUAACUGUUGGACCACCAGAGGGUAUUGAAUAUCGAGCAGCCAUGGAAUGCCUCCAGAAAGCAGAUAGAAGGAGUUUGUUAGCUGAAAUUCAAGCACUGCAUGCUCAGAUGUAUGGUAAGAAAAUGACUCUGAAAAGAGAACAAGAGAAUGAUCAACCAAGCCAAGAACUCUUGGAAUAUAAUAUGCAGCAGAAGCAGUCUCAAAUGCUGGAGAUGCAAGUGGAGCUCAGCAGUGUGAAAGACAGAGCAACAGAACUUCAGGAACAACUGAGUUCUGAGAAAAUGGUGGUUGCUGAACUGAAAAGUGAACUUGCACAAGCUAAACUGGAACUAGAAACAACACUCAAGGCACAGCAUAAGCACCUAAAGGAAUUAGAGGCAUUCAGGUUGGAAGUUAAAGAUAAAACGGAUGAAGUACAUUUGCUUAAUGACACAUUAGCAAGUGAACAGAAAAAGUCCAGAGAGCUCCAGUGGGCUUUGGAGAAAGAGAAAGCCAAGCUGGGACGCAGUGAAGAGCGGGAUAAAGAAGAACUUGAGGAUCUGAAAUUUUCACUUGAGGGUCAGAAACAAAGGAAUAUUCAGCUAAAUCAGCUUUUGGAACAACAGAAACAACAACUAAAUGAAUCACAGCAGAAAAUAGAAUCACAAAGAGUGCUACAUGAUGCCCAGUUAUCCGAAGAACGAGGUCGAAACUUGGAGCUUCAAGUACUUCUUGAAUCUGAGAAAGUUCGAAUUCGGGAAAUGAGCAGUACCCUGGAUAGGGAACGGGAAUUACAUGCACAACUACAGAGCAGUGAUGAUAGUGGGCAGUCUCGGCCAUCCUUACCCUCUGAGGACCUCCUUAAAGAGCUUCAGAAACAGCUAGAGGAGAAACACAGUCGCAUAGUAGAAUUGUUAAAUGAGACUGAGAAAUAUAAACUGGAUUCUUUGCAAACAAGACAGCAAAUGGAAAAGGAUAGGCAGGUUCACAGGAAGACAUUGCAGACAGAACAAGAGGCCAACACUGAGGGACAGAAAAAAAUGUAUGAGCUUCAGUCCAAAGUGGAAGAUCUUCAGCGCCAACUGGAAGAGAAAAGGCAACAAGUUUAUAAGUUAGACCUUGAAGGGAAACGACUGCAAGGAAUUAUGCAGGAAUUCCAAAAGCAGGAACUAGAACGAGAAGAAAAACGAGAAAGUAGAAGAAUUCUGUAUCAGAAUCUUAAUGAGCCAACCACUUGGAGUUUAACCAAUGAUCGAACCAGAAAUUGGGUUCUUCAACAGAAAAUAGGAGAGACAAAGGAAUCAAGCUAUCCUAAAAUGAUUGAAAUGAAUGGAGGAGGAGCUGGCUAUAAUCAUGAAUUAGAAAUGAUCAGACAAAAACUUCAACGUGUGGCUUCAAAACUACAGCAUCUAGCCCAGAAAGCCUCCAAUAGACUACAGUUUGAAACAGCAGAUGAUGAAGAUUUUGUUUGGGUUCAGGAAAAUAUUGAUGGAAUUGUUUUACAACUACAAAAAUUAAGUGGCCAGCCAGGCGAAGAGCCUACCUUAAGGUCCCCAAGUACUUCUUGUGGCUCAUUAACUGAAAGACUACUAAGACAAAAUACUGAGCUGACAGGACAUAUCAGCCAACUGACUGAAGAAAAGAAUGAUUUAAGAAACAUGGUUAUGAAGCUGGAGGAGCAGAUCAGGUGUUAUCGACAGACAGGAGCUGGCAGAGAUUAUUCUUCUAGGUUUUCAUUCAGUGGUGGCCCCAACAUUGAAGCCAUCAUUGCUUCAGAAAAAGAAGUCUGGAACAGAGAAAAGUUGACUCUCCAGAAAUCCUUGAAACGGGCAGAAGCUGAAGUGUACAAACUAAAAGCUGAACUAAGAAAUGAAGCUUUACUUCAAAAUCUGAGCCCUGACUCUGAGCAUGCCACUGUAAAGAGAAUUUAUGGCAAAUACCUGAGGGCAGAAAGUUUUCGGAAAGCUCUCAUUUAUCAAAAGAAAUACCUGCUUCUGUUACUGGGUGGGUUCCAGGAAUGUGAGGAUGCCACCCUGGCUCUGCUUGCCCGAAUGGGGGGACAUCCGGCCUUCACGGAUCUAGAGGUGAUCACCAGCCGUCCAAAGGGCUUCACCAGGUUUCGGUCAGCUGUCAGAGUGUCCAUGGCAAUUUCGAGAAUGAAAUUUUUGGUUCGACGGUGGCAUCGAGUCACAAGUUCUGGUUCCAUCAAUAUUAACAGGGAUGGCUUUGGAUUGAAUCCAGGUACAUUUUGGAUUACUUUAGGUGCCGAAAAGACUGACCCAUUUUAUCAUUCUUCUGGUGGGCUGGAGCUAUAUGGAGAACCAAGACAUGGUACAUAUCGCUCAAGAUCAGAUCUGGACUAUCCAAGGUCUCCUUUACCAUUUCAAAAUAGGUACCCAGGUCCUCCAGCUGAUUUAAAUCCUGGUUCCUUAGCAUGUUCUCAGCUUCAGAAUUAUGAUCCUGACAGAGCCCUGACAGAUUAUAUCACUCGGCUAGAGGCACUGCAGAGACGACUUGGAACUGUACAGUCAGGUUCAACUCAGUUUCAUGCUGGCAUGAGAAGAUAAUCCUUUGAAACAUCAUGAAUCGAAGUGAUUUUAAACAAAUUCCCUUUUGUAAAUCAGUGGUUCUUUUGUGCUUUUGUAUUGUGGAUAUUCAAUGGGACCAAUCUGAACACAGCUUAUGAUUGUAUACAAAUCCCUUGCCAGCACAUGAAAACAAACUGGAAUUUGUACAUAUAAGCAUUGUGUAUGUAUUCAUGCACAAUAAUCAUUAAAUUACAUGUAUAUUUGUGGAAUGCUAAUUUAAAUGAUUAAAUUAUAAACCUUGUGUAUUUAUCAAAUGGGUGAAAAGAUUAAACUUUUGGCAUUAUGUUACUGUUGAAUGUGUAGCUUGAGGUGUCCUGCACUUUUCUUAUAAGGCUACUGAAGUUAUAUGUUUCUGCCUAAUAUAUUUGCUACUGGUGAUGAAGACAGAUAAUAUCACUUGUAGAGACUUAUUUUUGUAUAAUGGUAGAAGUUUUGAAUUUUAUGGGAUAUUUUGUCAAGUACUGAAAUAAAAAUGACUUCACCAUUUUAA